CCCAAAACGCCAUAGCUCUCUCGCCGCCCCCAAAGCCACGCGCUGCUGGCCGCGAACACGGAGCGGGGAUCAGUCGUGUCGCCGCAGCCGGUGCGUCGGGGUGUGCAUCUCGUGUGUGUCUGUGUGCCCUGUGCAGUGUGUUGCCUCAGUGCUUGAUGGUAUAUUGUAAGAAGGCACUUGGAUAUCACCCGGAGGCUCUUGGUGGAGUUUGAGCGGACGAUCCAUCUUCACUAAAUCCACACUUGUACUCAACCAUGGAGCUGCUAACCGUCAAGAUCAUCGCACUUACUCUGCUGGGGGUGUUCUCGCUGUUCUUUGGCCUGCUGCCGCUCCGUCUGAGGAAGGCGCUAGCGAAAGGGUCAAAGAGGCGCGAGAGGAUAGUGUCCUGCCUUCUGUGCUUCGGCGGCGGCGUCCUGCUGGCCACGGUGUUCACUCACAUGUUGCCGGAGACGAGGGAAGGCUUCGCCGCUGCCGCCCCCGAUGUCGAGUACCCGCUGGCCGAAGUGGUGAUCUGCCUCGGGUUCUUCCUCAUCUACUUCGUGGAGGAGUUUGUCCACAAGAUUUUCUUAAAGCGCGACACUCGUCUGGAGCGGAAACUCACCAAGCUUGCGGCCGCCAUAGAAGAGGAGACUGCCACUGUGCCCCACGUGCAACUCCACAACAAUAACAAUAACUAUAACAGUAACAGCCUCCGCCCAAACAACGGUAGCAGCCACAGCCACAGCAGCAGCACCAGCAGUAGCACAACCAGCACCGUCGCCGCCACCAACCCUGGGGAGGCCGUAGCCAAUGGGACCGAGGACGAGAAACAGAACCGGUGUUCCGUGUACUCUUUGAGCGGCUGCGGCGGCGGGGAAGCCAAGGUGAUGGGCCCCAAGUCUCAGUGGUCCCAGGAUGGAAUCGUGAACCCUGUGUUUGCUGGAGACCUGGAUGCCACUACAUGGAACCCGUCACUCAAGGAAUCAAUCAUGACCUCCACACAGAAUUUGUCGGGUCCGCCAGCGUCCAAUGGUAAGGUGGCGCCCGAUGGAGAGCAUCGCGACGGGAAGGUGGGCAUACAGCAGGGCGGCGGGCACAGCCACGGGCACGGCCAUGGUCACGGUCACUCUCACCUGGCCAUCAGUCGCCUGGGCAGCAAGAACAUCGCCUCUAACUUGCGUUCUCUGCUUGUCAUCCUCGCCCUCUCCUUCCACUCUGUGUUUGAGGGGUUGGCAGUGGGGCUGCAGGAGCGGGAGGUGGACGUCUGGUAUCUUCUGGGCGCCAUAUCAGCUCACAAGUUCGUCAUCGCCUUCUGCAUGGGGCUGGAGCUUCUAGCGGGUGGCACGUCGGCUGGCCUCAUGGUCAUAUACAUGGUGGUGUUCGCCUUGGUUUCUCCUCUUGGCGUCGCCUUUGGUAUCCUGGUGACGGAGAACUUGGCGGUUGGCGCGAGUGGUCACCUACUGACGGUGACGAUCCUGCAGGGCCUGGCGGGCGGCACCAUCCUUUACGUCACAUUCUUCGAGGUCCUGGAGCGGGAGAGGGGGCGGGCCGGUGGGCGGCUUCUCAAGUUCCUCUUCGUCCUGAUCGGCUUCGGUGCCAUGGCGUCUCUCGAGGCCGCCGGCGGCCACAGCCACGGCCACGGCCCCGAGAACGGUCACUCCUCCGGACAUGGCCACAGCCACGGACAUGGACACAGCCACGGCCCCGUCCACUUACCCUCGACCACCACUGCGGCGGCCAUCACUGGAGGCUUCGACGAUCACGAUCACCACGACCACGGCCACCACGACCACGGCCACCACGACCACGAUCACUAAUGGCGGUGGUGUUGGUCGUAAUUCACCACCACCCAAGACGUCUUAACGAUCGCCGCCAACUUUUACUCUCACCAGAUUUUAAUGAGUGUGUGUGUGAGAUUUUAGACAUGAAAGUGCAGCCGGCGACAACAACGACUUGGCGGGGAACGUUGUGGUCGUCGCGGGUGGUGGUGGUGACGGCGGCGAGACAAGCGUGUACAGUGUUGUGAUAGUGGUUGUGAUGUUGAGUCGUCAUGCCUCUUCGCCUCAUGAUCAAGAGGCGGCCAAGUUGAAAUAUUAUGUAAUUUUAAGUGUGUGGUGUGUUUUAAUCAUCGCCUCAGUGCGUGUCAAAUAACUCUUCCGUUUCGGGUUGACGGACAUGAAACGAUGCCUAGUACAAGAUGUUGAAAUAUUUAUUUAAUGGCAUUCAAGAAGUUUUAUUUGGUGUGACUGAAUUUUAUGCCGCGUAUAUGUUAUGGUGCUUGAAUGAAUGUUUUUUUAUGAGUGACAUUGUGGGAAAAUUUGUGAUUUAAUAGGAAUACGUGCGAGAUGGUAUUAAAAGGAGUACAUGAAAUGUCAGUGUAACUUUUUAACUAUUAUUAUAUCAAAGCUAGAUAAGUUAACUGCUGUGGUAACGAUAGCUUGGACAGCUCUUUCUACUUUUUUCACGUUUGUAAAUCUGAUGGUGCUUAACUAAUUUCCAGAUGAGGGUUUUAGAAUCUCGGGAUGCUUCGUUCUUGCGUGGUUAAUUCACACAAUGACGCAGAGACUUUCACAUUCAUAAUAGCACAUAUCAAUAAUAAUCAGCAAUGUUCGUUUAUCGGAAAAAAAAUACCAAAGAAUCAAACCCACAGUUUUCACAUAGGAAGCAAUUCAUUAACUAGGUUUGAGGCUUCGGUGUUGCUUCACGGUACUCGAUCUCUGACGUCAUACCGGGCACGUCACCGUUUUCUUCGGAUUUGAUUGGCUGACGUGCCGGGGCGGGCAGGAAGAGGGAUAUCAGCUGGCGUGUGUGUUCAGGAUUGCGGACGUGUGGUAGGGACGCUCGAGUGCCGGCCCCUCAUGGCAAGACCUCGACCCGUGUGUGAUCGGUAAGCUUAUCACGUGUUGUACAGGCACUAUUUAAGGAAGGUUCCCCAGUGACUGCAGCGGGCCACGAGUCUGCCUUGUUUGGAUUUUGAGUUGCCAGCAUGUGCCUCCUUGUGGUGGUUGUCUCGCGUGUCCCCGGGUCGAUAUGCGUAGGCGUUGUUACCUCCUCCCCACCCACGCCAGCCUUCGUGUCGGGGAACGUUCAGGUCGACUGUACUGUUUAUUUUGUGCUGCUGCCGAACUCACCGUAAAUGUUUGCCUUGUAUUAUGUGGAUCAAGCCAGCGGGUAUGACACGUGACUCCGGUGCGUGAACAAAGAUAACCUCAAACUGUUAUGCUUUUAGAUUUUGAGUAAACAUUGGUAAUAAAUUGAAAUUUAUCAGAUAAUGGUGAACUCGUUUGUCUCGGAACUCUUCAAGCCAGGUAUAUGGGUGAUGACGGGAGCCAUGGGGACUGACAACCGGAUGCAGGUGUGAGUGAGUCAACCACUCACUGAACACCCGCAAGAUUUAAAACACGGCCAUUGUAACACCUGCGUGGCCCGCCAGGUGAUCAUGGUGGGGCAGGGGAUGGGGGAUCACAAUGACUCACCCUUCACAUCCCCUCAGGUGAGACAUGAGUCCCGUCCGCCGCUCCGCUUGUUGAUGCUCACACCGACCACCUAGGAAGUUGUUAACGAGGCUUACAAAGUUUUCCUUGACUAUUUAACGCCUCGGCAUUCGUCACUACACUAUUGCAAGCGUCUUACCAAGUGUUGUGUGGGGCUUACUUUUUAUUUAUUUUUAUCAGUAAUGAAGUGUAGUAUACGAACCUGACGAAUCUCUCGCAUCAGCCGCUAGAUUAUUUCAUUUCACUGAACUUACCACAAGUAAUGCAAGUUCCUGUCAGUCAAGCUCAUAACAUUGAAGCAUGACCCAUAUUUCACCUGUUACAUUGAUCACGUGUCCUAUGUUACCCAGGUUACCCAAGAGCAAGGCAGUCACAUCACAUCUGCUCGGCCGGUGGUCAUAUGUAUCGUGCCUGACUUAAUACGUCAUUUUUAUGUUCACCCCAUGUGUGAUCAGAUAAAAAGGCUGCUCUACAUUCUUGUUUCAUAGAUUAAUGCAACGCUCUGAUUGGUAAUUUAACUAAUGGCCGACGUGUGGCAGCUCGGGGCAGGGCUGUUUGGUGUCUGACAGGAUAACCUAAAUGGAAACUGGUGGUAAGGUGCUUCACACCUCAGUGCCUCGGGGGAGGGGAAAUCCCGCUACUCUCUCUCUUACUUUCUUCUAGGUGCCGUUAACUCUUCCUGCAACUUGGCGAUUCAGGUUUGGAUGAAACGUAUGCAUUACUAUUCCGGCAAUCGAUGUCAAAUUUUCGAGUCGUGUAACUCGGAUGUUUUUUUCUCCUCAUUCCACAAACUGGAAACAAUAUAAUAUAAUAAAAAAUAUCAUUUAUAGUUAUGUAUGCGUGCACUUGGUUUCAAUUGCCAAGUAAAUGUUUUUUUCACCAGAAUGAGAAAGAAAUCAGACUCGGUCAUACGUGUAACCUGUCAUUGUUUAUGUAACAUCAUUUGUAUCGUAUGACACAGCCAAGGUCAGUCAACUAACGCGCUUCAGGGGGGAGCAGGAGGACAUCACACUCUGGUUUGCUUGUCAGCGGGCAGCACAUCAUCGUUAGACUGCAGGACGGCACGAGCCAGACGGUCAGACCUUGCAUGCGUCACAGCGUAGCGUGUUCAGCCGCGAUUUGCAGGACAAGGUCAAGCUCUGGUUUGCAUUCGUUACUUAGUUUUAUUAAGUGUUGCACGCCACGCUCAGUCCCUUGAUGCGUCUGUGAGAAAGAGUUAACGUUUGGUGUUAGUGGAGCGGCGUUUUGUACGACUAGAAAGUGUGUCCGAUGACGGUCCGAAAGCGUAGUGUUUUAGGUUGCCCUUUUGUUUUGCGUUACGUCAGCACAGCAGUGAAAGCCGUAGGAGGGAAGGGGGGGGGGGUAAGGGAACCCAAGCGGCGCGGUGUGAAGAGGAAGUUUCAACGUAAAGAGCAGCCACGAAGCACGCGAUGGGUAGCGACGAAUAGCCUCAGUUUUGUCGUGGUUACGGAUGGAAGAAUGGUACCAGCUGAGAGAGAGAGAGAGAGAGAGAGAGAGAGAGAGAAUGAAUCAACCGCAAAAUGAGUGUGCAACGGCGGGCGGGGGCGGGUCCAUUGUUAGGCAGGUUUUUACGGUCGCCUGUUUCGUUGGUGGCUGUCCCAGGGGGUGAGUCUACGCAGUUGCCUUGAAUCACGUUCCGGGCGCGGCUGCAGCGUCAUAACCAGGGCCACACGAGGUCACAGAAGGGUGGAAAAUGUCGCGGCACAGAGACCCAGCCGCAGAGGGAUCAGGGUGGGUUGCGUGUGGGUGCAGGGGGAGGAGGAGGAGGAGGAGGAAGAGAAGAGAGGAGAGGAGAGGAGGAAGGAAGCGCAUACGCCCUUUUUACUCGGAAUAUUCAAGGGGAGGUUCAAGGUGAAGGUAUCGUGGGCACAGCAAUCCAGUCUGGCCCUCUUCCCCCGUGUCCUGGCCUGAAUUUUUGCUUUUUUCUCCGCUCGUGUGUGUGUGUGUGUGUGUGUGUGUGUGUGUGUGUGUGUGUGUGUUUGCAGUAUCGUUGUGCCUGACAUUUCUUACCCAUAUCAAUCAGAAAAAAAAAAAAACUGUCAGGAAGGUGUUCGCUCUGCUUCCUUGUUUACAGACACGAUAAACAGGAAUUGUGUGUUGGAUUCGCUUCGCACUUAAUGCAUAUCUCGCUUCUGGACGUUUGUGCCAACUCAACCACGGCCAUUCAGCUUAGACAUGAAUAUUUAUUUUUUUUAUUUUUUUUUUAUUUUACGCUAUCCGGAUCGAUCUUGUGCGCCCUGGUGAUUCAUCCACUUUACUCUGCCGUAAGGGCAACAUGGCACCACUUUAUUUUUAGCUUUGUAUUAUUCUAUUUUCAAUUUACUCAGGAUUUUUUUUCUUUUUCAGACUGCAACAUUUUCUUUCUUUCACUGGUGUAGUAUUUUUACAAUGAUAUUUCGGGCUGGGAUUUUAUACUUUUAGUCUUCUGUGACGUAACAACAAGAAAAAAACAAUUAUACAGGUCAUUUUUUCGGCGAUUCGUAUGCUAUUGUAAUACCGCCGCGCCGUUUUCACAGGUAGCAUGCAUCCGUAAUCUUGUAGUGAGUGGAAGCCUCUCGCCCGUGCGCUCGAUUCCUGCGACAAAAGUUUCCUUAGCCUUUUAUGUAGAGAAGUGUGCCAGCUCCUGUGUGUGUGUGUGUGUGUGUGUGUGUGUGUGUGUGUUGGCGUGGCUGUAAACCAGUGUUUUUCUUUGGCGGUAUGCCGCGUCGAGUACUGUGUGUUUAGGGUGAGAGGCGAAGGGUGCGUGGGGUGAUUAUCGGAUAGUGUACGGAGAGAGAGAGAGAGAGAGAGAGAGAGAGAGAGAGAGAGAGAGAGAGAGAGCUGUGUUAGCUGCAGUCUGGCAAUGAGAAAGAAAAAGUGUACUUGUCAGUUAUUUUUUUUUUUUUUCGCUACACCUUUAACUUCCUGUCUCGGGGUGAGAGAGAGAGAGAGAGAGAGAGAGAGAGAGAGAGAGAGAGAUUGUAUGUAGACUGUAUGUGUGCGUGCGGGUUGUAAUAUCCACCUUAAACUUAGGGUCAAUGUUAGUCGAGAAAGCCUUUGCCUUAACUCCCUUUAGGUUCUCUGCACGGCUUGUCCCGCGCCGACCAGAGGCUGUACCGGCGCAUCUCCCCGCCUCGCCACGUCGACAAUAACGUGUGAUUCAUGUAAUUACUUAUUUUGCCAUAGAGACAGCCAGGCGGAUCCCUCAGACCGUGAAGGCUGUUACACACACACACACACACACACACACACACACACACACACACACACACACACACACACACACACACACACACACACAGUCACGCACUCGCUCACUGAAACGGGACCAAGCUUUGACCGAGUUUUUCAUUUUUUUUUUUAUUAUUGUUACCUCUUGACAUUUUCCCCUUCUAUAGGCAGUCAUAUACAAGGCAGCAUGGCAUUAUUUUUAUACGUAUAUUUAGAAGGAGAAAGUGUAUGGUCAAACUUUCUCCAUUGUAAGUAUUUUAACGGCUCUGUAUGCCAAGACUGAUGCUGUUAAUAUUAUUUUGUAUAAAUAAAAUCAUAAUUAAAGUA